AGUAUCAACAUCAGUGUAAACUAAGUCCGUUAAAAGUCGCGAUUAAAAAUAGUUAUAAACAUUGUUUACUCAAGAAUAUUAUCACACAAGAUUACAAAAUAAGUGUUAUAGUGUUGGAGAUAUUAAUAAACGUGAAAACUGCACAUUACACUACAUCAAAGAAGAAAGUUAAUUAACAACAUUUUGAGGUUAGACCAUAGACGUACUUCACAAGUGAUAAAUAUUUGGCCAUUUUGACAACUAGCGACUGACAUCUGACGUAUACGCCAGUGUUGCAAGUGUUGAAAAAUAAUCUGUUACUUCCGCUACUGUUACGUUUCGUUUCAAGCAAACUCCCUAAAAAUGGAUGCGCAGUUCCAACUUUUGUUCGACAAAAUGAAAAUAGAAAUGCAACAUCAAUCUAAGGAACUUAAGGAAUCUAUUACUGAUAACAUAAUGACUAGAAUGGAAGAAAAAUUAAUUCCUUUAGUAGAAGAAAAUAAAAACUUGAAAUUAAAAAUAGAAAGUCAGGAAAAAGAGAUAGAAUAUUUAAAAAGAGAAAAGAGGCGAAACAAUAUCAUUAUAUUUGGCAUGGCGGAAACAGAAAAUUCCUCUUUGGAUUUAAUAAAUAAUAUUAAGAAAACUUUUAGAAGUGACAUAAAUGUUGAUAUUGAAGAAAAUGGAAUUAACAAUAUAUAUCGAAUAGGAAAGAAGAAUAGAGAAGGAAAUAAAACGAGGCCCAUCCUAUGUUCGUUCGUAAACGGAUGGAAAAAGAGAGAAAUUAUGGAAAAUAAGAAGAGUUUCAGGGAUAUUUAUGUCACCGAAGACUAUUCAAAGGAAGUUUUAGCGAAAAGGAAAGCUUUACAGACAGAAUUAGCAGACGAAAGGAAGAAGGGGAAGGUAGCAUUUUUGAGAUAUGAUAAGCUUGUAGUAAAGGGAAACAAAACAAAUAAUGACAAAAGAAAACGAGAAAUUUCUUCUUCACCGCAUUCAGACAUUCAAUCCAAGAAACAACAAACCACCCUACCUUUUAAAGCUAGUAGAACUAACGCAUUUGAUGUUACAAGAAACAGAUCCAACUCUCUUACUAACCUUCCUAUAAAUAAACAACAAUAGCA